CACAACCCAAUUUCUACAUUCAAUAUGCCUCAACAAAAGACCAUAGCCAUAACCGGUGAAAUGGCCGAAAGAGGCUACCAAGUCUAUGCCUGUGCAAGGAGAUUGGAGCCAAUGGAAGAAUUAAAGAAGUACGGCGUCAAGACCUUUACUUGUGAUGUCACUGACUUGGAAAGCGUUAAAAAAGUCAAAGCUUACGUUGAAAAGGAGACCAACGGCAGACUUGACGUGUUGUACAACAACGCUGGCCAGUUGAUCGACAUUACUGACAAACAGGCAUUGUAAUGCUUCCAGGCCAACGUUCUUGGUCCGGUUAGAAUGACACGAGAG